AUUGAGUUCGGCCAUUUCAUUCCAACCGGCAAACUCCACCGAGCAGGUACGAAAAAGCGACUGGAAAAAUCUGAAGAUGAGCGAACAGGCCAUCUCCUUCGCCAAGGACUUUCUGGCUGGUGGUGUUGCCGCUGCCAUCUCCAAAACAGCUGUCGCCCCCAUCGAGAGAGUCAAACUCCUUCUGCAGGUCCAACAUGCCAGCAAACAAAUUUCAGUUGAAAAGCAGUACAAAGGCAUCAUCGACUGUGUUGUCCGUAUUCCCAAGGAGCAGGGCUUCCUUUCAUUCUGGAGGGGGAAUCUGGCCAAUGUCAUCAGAUACUUCCCCACUCAGGCCCUCAACUUUGCUUUCAAGGACAAGUACAAGAAGAUCUUUCUGGAUGGUGUGGACAAACGUACACAAUUCUGGAGAUACUUUGCGGGGAAUCUGGCUUCUGGCGGCGCUGCUGGUGCCACAUCACUCUGUUUCGUCUAUCCACUCGACUUUGCAAGAACGCGCCUUGCUGCUGAUGUUGGCAAAGCUGGACAUGAACGUGAGUUCAAAGGUCUGGGCGACUGCUUGGUGAAGAUCACAAAGUCUGAUGGCAUCAGGGGUCUGUACCAAGGGUUCAAUGUGUCUGUGCAAGGCAUUAUCAUCUAUAGAGCUGCUUACUUUGGCAUCUAUGACACGGCAAAGGGCAUGCUUCCAGAUCCCAAAAAUACACACAUCGUUAUUAGCUGGAUGAUUGCUCAGACUGUGACUGCGGUCGCCGGUCUCACGUCCUACCCCUUUGACACAGUCCGUCGUCGUAUGAUGAUGCAGUCUGGACGCAAAGGAGCGGACAUCAUGUACAGCGGCACUUUAGACUGCUGGAGGAAGAUUGCACGUGAUGAGGGUGGCAAGGCUUUCUUCAAAGGAGCAUGGUCCAAUGUUCUCAGAGGCAUGGGUGGUGCUUUUGUGCUUGUCUUGUAUGAUGAGCUUAAAAAGAUCAUUUAAUUUUGUUUGUAUGUUCACUGUUCAUGUUAUGUUUAACUGUAACAUAUCUUGUACAUUUCAAGGACUUAUGCCAUAAUAUAUUUAUAGGGACCAACUAGUAUCUUCCUACUAGUUGUACCGGGGGAAUCUGUUACGCACUGAUAUCUUGGCAUGGGUUUUUGUUCCCCCUUUCUUCCCCCCCACUGUUGUUUCACACACACACACCUUCUCCCCCACCAGAACAUCAUUCCCUGAUCACAGGAAUCUUGCUGGAUAUAGAUAAAUAAAGGCAACCUACUGAGUGAA